AUGUCCGAGCAAGCAGAACUGGCGUUUGUGAAGACGUUCGUCAACAACCUCUCGUCGCAGCCCGUCACGUACGCAGACGACUUCCAGCAACCAUCCGAGAGGUCUCUAAGGAAGGUCCCGGUGCUACCGGUAUGUGAGCUCCCCUGCCCCACUCCCGCAGCUGUUAUAAGUACGAGCCCGCGCACAGGCUCCCUGAGCAUCACCUUCAAGUCUAUCAAGCCUCCAAAGAGCUACUCUCUCUCCGUACAGCCCACCGACCCCGUCUCUGACAUCAAGGCGCAGCUCGCGUCAGAACCAGGCGCACCGCCCGCCGACGCACAGAGACUGCUGCUCAAAGGCAAGGCUCUCGCGGACAGCAAGCUUCUGCAGGAAUACAGCAUUAAGGAAGGAGACACCGUCACGCUUAUGGUCAAGCCCGGCUUCGACUGGGACCCAUCCAAGAUGUCUACGUCGCUCGCACCCGUCACUGCACCGACGCCACAGAAGGCGAGAGCAGGGUCCAUCACGUUGCUUCCGGAGCAGCCUUCACGAACCCGUGGAGGGCACGGGCGCACGCCGUCCAUUGUGUUGAUCGACAUACCCCUCGUGUUGGACACGUCCAACAUACCCGAGCUUUCCCAGUCUGGCGCGUCGAACACGCCCUACCACACGACCGUUGCGCAGCCUGCGUUUUGGGAGCAUCUGUAUGCCUUCUUGAAGGUUGAGUUUCCCAACGGCAGCGACGCGGCGCAGGCUUGGGAGGACUUCUUCUGCGCAAGCAAGGGCUCUCUCAGUGUCUCCGAGAUCGCGAAGAUCCGUGAUCGUGUUGGUGUAACGGGGAUGGCGGGCAGCUGAAGUUGGGUUCAGGUUCAGGUUGUGCUCAUCGUAAUCUUCAAGGGCUUCAUGGUCAUAUCUCUCAUUCAUAAUGCUGUAAUGGACUUCGGAGGCACAUUUGAUCUCAUCCAAACCUUCGUUCGGGCUUCUGGCAGUCGGCGACUUAGCACGGCCGUGAAGCCAUUGUAUAUGUAUGAGACACUUUGCCUUAGUUCGUCGGGCUGCGCAGCUGGAUGGGCCUGACUACGUGGCGCGAUGAGCUACUCAAUCCCGUUAUGUUCUUUCUG